AUGUUGCGGAUAAUAUUUGCAAUAUACAUAGGUGUGCUAUUUGCGAAAGCAGGUCGGUCACCACAUGCUGAUUACAUUGAACAAUUAGUGAAAAGUGAUACUUUGAAACCUUUCAUUUCAGAUAAUAUAUAUGAGGAUGCUAGAUUGGAUGUGCCUGGACUGGUACAGAAAUACAAGUAUCCAUUGGAAGUGCACAACGUGACUACACCAGAUGGGUACAUCCUGCAAAUACAUCGGAUUCCAUACGGUCGACACUCAAAUAAUCGACCGGAUCCAAAAAAACCCGUAGUGUUUUUAAUGCAUGGACUUCUAUCGUCAUCAGCAGAUUGGGUUGUUAUGGGGCCUGGUACCGCCUUCGGUUACAUUCUAGCCGAGGAAGGAUUUGAUGUGUGGAUGGUUGCGUACAUGGCUCAUAAUCGGAGCCCUCUUUUCAACGCCUUAGCACCGCAUGCAAACAAUAUCGAGUCUCUUGCGUCACUUAUUGGUAUCGGAGAGUUCUUGCCCAAUACCAUAAUAAUGUCCUGGGCGGGAGAAACUUUCUGUAAGGAUGCCGCAAUCACCCAGGAUAUUUGUAGCAACAUAAUGUUCCUUAUAGGUGGAUGGAACAAAGAACAACAUAAUGCGACUAUGCUGCCCGUAAUACUGGGGCAUGCGCCGGCUGGUGCUGCUUUAAGGCAGUUUGCACAUUAUGGCCAAGGUAUAGCUGAGAAAGGGUUCCGUCGCUACGACCAUGGCUGGUUGACGAAUUUGAGGAAAUACGGUAGCCGGAGACCACCGAACUACGAGUUGUCGAACAUUGUUGUGCCUGUUUUUCUACACUAUUCGGAUAAUGACCCCUUGGCUCAUGUUAAUGACGUGGAUCGGCUGUUCCAUGAAUUGAAAGCUGGAAUCAAGAUGCGGCCUGGACUGAUACGGAAAUACAAGUACCCAUUGGAGGUGCACAACGUGACUACACCAGAUGGAUACAUCCUGCAGAUGCACCGGAUUCCACACGGUCGACACUCAAAUAAUCGACCGGAUCCAAAAAAACCCGUAGUAUUUUUAAUGCACGGACUUUUAUGCUCAUCGGCAGAUUGGGUUGUUAUGGGGCCUGGCAGUGGCUUUGGUUACAUUCUAGCCGAGGAAGGAUUUGAUGUGUGGAUGGGUAAUGCUCGUGGUAACUAUUAUUCACGUAGGCAUGUACGUUUAAACCCUAAUGGAAUACUUAAUACAAAAUUUUGGGAGUUCUCCUGGGAUGAAAUUGGUAACAUAGACUUGCCGACUAUGAUAGACUACGUACUUAAAAAUACAGAAAAAGACAAACUCCAUUACGUCGGUCAUUCUCAAGGAACUACAGCAUUCUUUGUAAUGGCCUCCCUCCAACCACAGUAUAAUACAAAGAUAAUUUCAAUGCACGCCUUUGCCCCUGUUGCGUACAUGGCUCAUAAUCGGAGCCCUCUUUUCAACGCCUUAGCACCGCAUGCAAACAAUAUCGAGUCUCUUGCGUCACUUAUUGGUAUCGGGGAGUUCUUACCCAAUAACAUUAUAAUGUCAUGGGCGGGAGAAACUUUCUGUAACGAUGCCGCAAUCACCCAAGACAUUUGUAGCAACAUAAUGUUCCUUAUAGGUGGAUGGAACAAAGAACAACAUAAUGCGACUAUGCUGCCCGUAAUAUUGGGGCAUACGCCGGCUGGUGCUGCUAUAAGGCAGUUUGCACACUAUGGCCAAGGUAUAGCUGAAAAAGGGUUCCGUCGCUACGACCAUGGCUGGGUGACAAACUUGAGGAAAUACGGUAGCCGGAGACCACCGAACUACAAAUUGUCCAACAUUGUUGUGCCUGUUUUUCUACACUAUUCGGAUAGUGACCCCUUGGCUCAUGUUAAUGAUGUGGAUCGGCUGUUCCAUGAAUUGAAAGCUGGAAUCAAGAUGCGGGUACCUCUGAAGUUAUUCAGUCACUUAGAUUUCAUAUGGGGGAUAGAUGCGAAAACGUUGUUGUAUGACAGAGCUAUAAACUUAAUACGAUCUGUAGAGAAUCAGUCU